AUGAAAUUCUAUGAGCAUUCAUCUACUUAUGACUACACGUUUCCGGCUGUCGCUCUCGCAUACUUCCUCCGCUAUCCGAACCCUUACUCCAGACAUGUCUUGAGCUCCGACGUUAUCGAUCGUUACAUCGACCCUGAGACAAACCGACUUCACACUGUCAGGCUCCAUCUCAAGAAAUCGAAAGUUCCUUCAGCCAUCCUCAAGUUUCUGCCUCGCAGCUUAGCAGGGCCCGGGGGAACCAGUCAAAGCUAUGUGCUAGAGAAAAGCACCAUCGACGUCAAAGAGGGAUGGUUGGAGACAGAGUCGAAGAAUAUGGAGUGGACGGGCAUAUUGAGCGUGAUCGAAAAGCAGACAUACCGAAGACAGCGUCUAUCCGACAUGUCCGAUGACGAAUUUCAGCCGCAGCGACCCCAGGAGACGACUGCAUGCAAGACUGUGGUGACCUUCGUCUCGCACCUUGGUCACAGUAAGCUUUUGAGUAAGAGGAAACCAGAUCUCACCGCGGACACUGAAGAAGAACCACCGAAGCAAGGAUUGUUUGCCGCUUGGUCAACGGCUGGCAUUCAGCGGACGAUUGAACUCGUUGGGGUCAAACGAACCAAGUCGGCUUUGGUUAAUGGCAAGGAGGGAAUGAACAUUGUUCUUGAGAGGCUGAGAAGUGGUGGUAUCGUGGCUGUCCUUGAGGGGAUGAGACGAGAUCGAAUGGAAAGUGCAGAGGGCCACUGA